AGGCGCGCAGUUGGUCCACCAAUCGAUGUUGAUGUUCAGCCGUUGAAAAAUCAAAUUGCUGAUGCUUACGGUUUCCAGAAGGAUCCCAAUAAAGAUCAAUGGAAGAAGCUACCAAGUUUUGAAGGUCAAAUCGGAGUAGGAGGCUGGGCAGCAGCUGCACAGUCAGCAAAGCGAUUCUUCAGAAACAACAACAACCACGCAACACCAUGGCAAAAUUUACUGGCUACACGAACCCCCAUCAACCUCCUUUACAUCACAGCUGCUAGAUACCUUUUUGUAACCCAUGUUCUUUGGGUUCAAAGUAAUAGACAGUUAAUUGCUUGCAAGGAAAAGAGAGACAAAUACAGCGGCAUUAUUCAAAGCUUCGAGAUCCCUCCAGAUGGAGUGUGUUUUCCUUUACCUUAUGGCAGCGCCACCUACAAGUCAGACUAUGACGUCGGGCUCAUCGGAGUAAAUUCUGGAACCCUCACACAGAGCUUUAAUCAGUAUUUUCAAGCCGCGGCCCCGAAUGGAUUUGGCAAACCCUCAGAGCUUGUAUUUGACACAAAUGUUUACGCCUUCACUCUGGAAUUCGCCAUGCCCAUGAUGUUUCUCAAGCUACCCGAAACGUUUGCUGCCAAAGUUGCGAAACUUGAAACAAAAGUGAGGUACAAAAUGCAAGAAUUGGCCAGUGCUUAUUAUAAGAUGUUCAAGUACAACAACAAUUUUUUUCAAGCGUUGACGACGUCAGCUCAAAAUAACAUGCAAGCUGCGCCUCGGCAGGUUCUGAACGAGUGGCUAACAGCGUUCGACAACAUGAACACCGCUGAUAAUUUCAGAAAAGGGGCAAGAUCCGACCAAGCCUUCAGACUCGCCCACAAUAAUAGGUACCAAGCGUUUGUGGCAGCCGUAUCACAAAGCGGAGGAUAUGUACCAAACGAGAUAGGUGAUUAGUGAUACGUAGUGCAUGCUAAAAAGCCUCUAAAACGACUUGAAAUUAUUCCCUAUUGAAUGUUUAAGGUAGUUCAGCUUGGAUUUGGUUUUGCUUCGUUAUCAUCUUUGAUUGGUCUAGAAACCCACUCCACUCUCUAGACCAAUGAGUCGAAUGCAGAGCUCAAGUCAAGCCCGUUUUAGGUACUCGCGUCUUCCCGCACCUAGAGCAGUUUCCUUGUUUAUGGUUAAUAUUUACCCCAUGAGUUAUCAUUGGCCACUUAAAAUCUACGACAGAUAAGUGGUCGAUUGAUUUGGUUGUCAAAACAAGUUAUGAUGACAAAUGAAAAAGUUGAACUACAAAUAUUCCGAAAAGAGCUUUUUUUCAGUUUUCACUGGAUGACUAACAUCUAGCUCAGUGGUUUGAUAGAACAGGAACAUUUGAAAACAAAUACCUCGGGCGCUUACAUUCAAGAAAUAACUAUGUUGCAUCUUAAACUAACAUAACAUGUAAUACUGAGUUAAAACUAAGUUUAAGCAACGAUUGACUUGUACAAUUCCUGCCUCAACAGACAACGUCGUGAAGGCCCUACUCUACGCUGCAGAGGCAUAUCACACCCGCGGCGCCAUACGACAUGUGGUACAGGGUAUGCAGAUGAAGGCGAUCGACAGGGGCGAGUUUAACACACCGCUAUUAACUUAUGACCUGUGGGUGUCCAUGAUCGAAAACUGGGGAGAUGCAAAUAAGGAGUACGCACACUGUGGCCCAAAUGUCCUCAUAGCGGCGUGCUUGAACAAGAUGAGUAAAUACCUCUGGAGGAUGUUCAACGCGAUGCGAUUAGUCCGUGUCCGUCUGCCAUUUAAAAGCGGUGAUCAACUGCUAGCCUUUGGUACAACUGAUGACCCCGAGUCAGCCACGCAGCAAUGGCGGCGCAAAGGUGCAAAUGCAGACGCGAAAAGCUAUUACCUGUUUUUGAAAAAGUUCGAAUGCAAUGCCAUGAUAAACACAGCGACACAGAGAGUCGUUGCCAACACCCGUUUAUCCGUGAAUUGUAUGACAAACAUCAACAACAAAGUCAACGCCUAUAAUAUAAAGAUGGCAGGUCUUGUGACAAACAAGGACGGAGAAGGGAUGUAA